CUUGCCUGUAACUUGUGGCCGGUUUGUUAACACUUUAGUAAGCCAACAACACUUGUUAGCUUGCUAAAGUAAAUAAGACGCACUCAGUAGACUAGGAUGUUAAGGCUAGCAUGGCGUCGGUCGACGUCCAGAAAGAGCGUGGAGCCUGCACGCCUUUUAACAGCUGUUUAUUUUGGAGCUGACAGUCCUAAACAGAACUCUGGAGAUCACAUAAGGUGUUUGAGACAAACUCCCCACCUAUCAAGCAACCGGCCACCGCUUCUCCAUUCCCAGCCAGCCUGUUACCUCAGUCCGUCUGUCUUCAUGAGCAUGGCAUCAGGGGGGGAAACGCCACCAUUCAUACCUCACAGACACACCAACAGGUUAGCCAAAGAGAGGUCACCCUACCUGCUACAACAUGCACACAACCCUGUUGACUGGUAUCCAUGGGGACAGGAUGCUUUUGAUAAAGCAAAAAAUGAAGACAAACCCAUCUUCUUAUCAGUGGGCUACUCAACAUGCCACUGGUGCCACGUGAUGGAGAGGGAGUCUUUUGAGGAUGAAGAAAUAGGUAAAGUGCUUAGUGACAACUUUGUCUGUAUCAAAGUAGACCGAGAAGAGAGACCUGAUGUGGACAAGGUCUACAUGACCUUUGUUCAGGCAACUAGUGGAGGUGGAGGUUGGCCUAUGAGUGUGUGGUUGACCCCUGACCUUCGACCUUUCAUCGGAGGGACCUACUUCCCUCCUAGAGACCAGGGAAGAAGACCUGGGCUCAAGACAGUCCUUAACAGAAUCAUGGAACAGUGGCUAAAUAACCGUCCUGCUUUGGAGUCCACUGGGGAGAAGAUCCUUGAAGCACUAAAGACAGGCACAAGCAUCGCUGCAAACGCAGGGGAAGGUCCUCCACUUGCAUCAGAUGUUGCUAAUCGCUGCUUCCAGCAGUUGGCUCAUUCAUAUGAGGAGGAGUACGGCGGCUUCAGAGACGCUCCCAAGUUCCCCACACCGGUAAAUCUGAUGUUCCUCAUGUCAUACUGGUCUGUGAAUCGCUCCACUUCAGAAGGGGUCGAGGCCCUUCAAAUGGCCUUGCACACGCUCCGCAUGAUGGCGCUGGGAGGCAUCCAUGACCACGUGGCACAGGGUUUUCAUCGUUACUCUACAGAUUCCUCUUGGCAUGUUCCCCACUUUGAAAAGAUGCUGUAUGACCAGGCUCAGCUGGCUGUGGCCUACAUAACUGCCUCCCAGGUAUCAGGUGAACAGUUGUUUGCAGAUGUUGCUAAGGGUAUACUGCUCUACGUCUCCAGAGACCUGAGUGACAAGUCGGGGGGUUUCUACAGCGCAGAGGAUGCAGACUCUGUUCCAGCAUCGGGAGGGCCAAAAAAACGUGAGGGGGCCUUCUGUGUCUGGACAGCCUCAGAAGUUCGGGAGCUGUUGCCAGAUGUGGUGGAGGGUGCCACCGGAGUUGCUACGCAAGCAGACAUCUUCAUGCAUCAUUAUGGGGUCAAGGAGCAGGGCAAUGUUGCUCCAGAACAGGACCCCCACGGGGAGCUGCAGGGCCAGAAUGUGCUGAUCGUGCGUUAUUCAGUGGAGUUAACGGCUGCUCACUUUGGAAUCAGUGUUAAAAAAGUCACUGAGCUCAUGUCCUCUGCCAGAGCCAAAAUGGCAGAAGUGAGGAAGAGUCGGCCACGCCCACACCUGGACACAAAGAUGCUGGCCUCCUGGAAUGGUCUGAUGCUGUCAGCCUAUGCUCGUGUUGGAGCUGUACUGGGGGACAAGGCCUUGCUGGAGAGGGCGGUGCAGGCUGGCAAAUUCCUAAAGGAACACCUGUGGGAUGCUGAACGACAGACCAUCCUCAGAUCCUGUUACCGUGGAGACCAGAUGGAGGUGCAACAGAUAUCUCCACCUAUUUCUGGCUUCCUGGAUGACUAUGCCUUUGUCAUUUGUGGCUUGCUGGACCUCUAUGAGGCCACGUUGCAGUUGGAGUGGUUGGAGUGGGCCGAGGAAAUGCAGCACAAGCAGGAUGUGAUGUUCUGGGAUGACAAGGGCAGAGGUUACUUCUGCAGUGAUCCCAGUGACAGCUCUGUCCUUCUGCAACUGAAAGAGGAUCAGGAUGGGGCUGAGCCCAGUGCUAACUCAGUAUCAGCAUCCAAUCUCCUGCGUUUGUCCCAAUACACUGGAAGACAGGAGUGGCUCCAGAGGUCCCAGCAGCUGCUCGCAGCCUUCUCUGACCGCCUGAGCAGAGUUCCCAUAGCCCUGCCUGAAAUGGUCCGGGCUCUUAUGGCCCAGCACUACACUCUUAAACAGAUUGUGAUCUGUGGCCAGAGGGGUGCUCCGGACACCACAAGUCUUCUUGCAGCAGUCAACUCCCUCUUCCUCCCAUAUAAGGUCUUGAUGCACAUUGAUGGCAGUGCAGACAGCUUCCUGUGCCAGCGUCUGCCCGUCCUUUCCUCCAUGUCUCAGCAGGGUGGUGUCGCCACAGCCUAUGUCUGCCAGGACUUUACUUGCUCUCUUCCUGUCACCGACCCCCAGGAACUUCAUAGGCUUCUGUUGGACAUGAGCAUGGAGACACAGGCAGAAUGACAACUAAAGAACUAACUUAACUGAUGUUCUUAUCUUCCAUGACCUCACUUUGCCAGUUUGCAGCUCUAGUUCUUGACUAGUCUGACUUUGUCAUAAAACAAUGCCAGUACUUAAAUAGUUAACAUGCUACAUUCAGGUGCUGUGUUUACCUGCAUAAAUUCUUGUUUUGUUUGGCUAAAACAUUGCUUAAAUUGUUUAAAUCUCACUCCACUGUUGUAAUUCAGAAUGGAUAACCUUAGCUGUCUGUAGCUACUGUAACUUGUAGCAGACCUAGAGAUCUGGACGAUGAGAGUGACAGACUGAAAAAUUAUUCUAUACCCUGAACUCGGCUCCACUCAGCUCUUGAUUCAGGAGCUAGCGCUAGCUAGCAGCUGUCGGGAGAUAACACAAACACUGCAGAUGUCUCAGUUUCUGUCCUGUGCUCAAACUGAGCACU